AUGGUCAUUGGUGGUGUUCCGGGCUCCGAGAUUGACGGCAUCACCUACGCAGACACAAUCAAGGAAGUCGACGGAGCCGGAAACUUGCUCUGGCAAUGGAAAGUGUCUGAGCGACUACCACGGGCAGAAUAUCCUCUCCAGCCUCACUACACGCGGGAGCACUAUCCUCUGAUCAACUCGGUCCUACCGCUACGCGACGGAAAACACGUCCUCGCGUCUAUGCGCUCCGUCUCCGCGGUCGUCAUCAUCGAACGAAGCACAGGCGACAUUGUAUGGAAGCUUGGGCCAGAGGUCCUCGCACAGCAGCACAACGCUACCGAGUUGGACAAUGGCAAUAUUCUCAUCUUUGACAACGGCGCUUUCCGAAACGGCGAAUCCAUCACCUACACCCGCGCCAUCGAGGUUAAUCGUGCGACCAAGAAAAUUGUCUGGGAGUAUCGCGACCGCUCGCAGAUGAUAAGCUUCUUCACUCCAUUCAUGGGUAGCGCUCAGAGGCUCGCCAAUGGUAAUACUCUCUUGUGCGAAAGCGGCUUUGGCCGUCUGUUCGAGGUCACUCCGGAUAGAUACGUCUGCUGGGAGUAUGUCAAUCCUUGCUUUGCCCCGUACCCCGAUGCCGAGACGGCGAGGAUUUUUCCAGGGGACUCGAAUGCCCUGUUCCGAGCAUAUAGAUAUUCCUUGGAUGAGAUUUCUUGGCUGAGGCAAAAACUAGGUCACUCUGACCAGUCAAAGGGCUACUGCUCCGUCAUGUGA